AUGUCCUCCAACGCCCUCAUAACUCGCUUCAAAUUCUCCAACCUCCUUAACCAAGACCAAGCCGGCCGCCGUAUGAUCCUUCAAGGAACUAUCUCCGGCCAACCAGCCCUGCUGAUCGCAGAACGAGGCGCCUUCGACACGAAUCCAUCCUAUCUCUCCGCGUUUGGCCGCCUGAUUGCUCACGUCAAAAAUCUUGGGGAAAACGACAUCUACCGCUGGUAUCUAGCCAACAGUCUCCCGGACAAUAGUCUGGAUGAACCCACGCCACCGGAUUUGAAGAUCAACCUUAUUUACCCGUGCACGGAGAAGCAUGUCAAGAAGUACUCCUUCCAGCGUAGUAGGAGUGUCACGGAGACGCCGGAGGUCUAUGCCAAGUACGUGCGGCCGUAUAUGCGGCGGUGUCGGGAGGAAGGACGAUUAAACUGGGUCUUUAACAUUCUUGAAGGGAAGAGUGAGCAGGAGAAUGUACUGUUUCGCUCGAAGGAAGCUGAUGAGAAGGAUGAUUUCUUACUUUUACCGGAUUUGAACUGGGACCGCAAGACGACGGGAAGUCUGCAUUUACUCGCUCUCGUUUUACGACGAGAUCUCUGGAGCGUGCGGGAUUUAACGAAGAAAGACGCUGUUUGGCUUCGCCAUCUACGGACGACGCUUGCUGCGACUGUACCGAAGCUUUAUCCGGGUGUGGAGAAGGAUAUGUUGAAGUUUUAUGUGCAUUACCAACCUACUUACUACCAUUUCCACAUUCAUAUCGUGCACGUGAAUUUGGAUCCGACGGCGACGCAGGCGACGGGCAAGGCGCUUGGGUUGAAUAAUGUUAUCAGUCAGCUGGAGACCAUGCAGGGUGGUGAGGAGGCUGGGAUGCAGGAUGCUGAGUUGACGUAUACGGUGGGGGAGGCGAGCGAGUUAUGGACGGAGAUCUUUCUGCCAUUGAAGGAAGGGAGGGGGAUUGCUGGUGCUGAGUGA